AUGUCACUCAGCACAUUUGUUCUCACCUUCCUGGUCGCAUACGGUGUGCGUACUUAUAUUUGGCCCUUGCUAAAGCGCACAGACGUUCAUCGUCUUCCUGGCCCGUCGUCCAGUAUUGCCAGUUGGAUAUGGGGUCAUGAGCUCCUUGCAUUCCAACAUGAAGCAGAAGAAAUGUAUACGGCGUGGGCUCGCUCCUUUGGGCCCAUGUUCCGAAUCAAAGCAGCUCUCUUUCAUUCUGAUAUUAUUGUCGCGACAGAUCACGCUGCUGUGCAGUACAUCUUCGCAGAUACAACAAACUAUGUCAAGUCGCCAGCUUUCCGACCCCCAGCUGCGAACGUUUUGGGCAGAGGUCUCGUAUGGGCAGAAGGCGAAGACCAUGCCAAAAUGAGAAAGAUCCUAGCUCCCGCCUUCUCUCAGGAGUCCGUGAAGCAGAUGGCCUCCGACAUCUACGAAUGUGCAGAGAAAAUGGAAACUAAAUUAACGAAUUACAUCUUAUCUCACUCUGGAGAUGAAGCUGGUUUGACGGUCAACAUCGGUGACUGGACCAGUCCGUGCACCCUAGAUAUCAUCGGCCGCGUAGCUUUCGGAUACGACUUCAAGGCCAUCUCGACAACUGGCUACUCAGAGGCAGUUAGCGAACCCGUCACGGACGCCAGCCUUAUCCGAGCAUCUUGGACAAAGCACACUAACAUGACACUGAGUCCCAUCGCCUUCGUCGUGCCUCUCAUCUUCCGCAUGUUCCCUGCCGAAUGGAUCGCGAAGCUUCCUCUUCCUCCUGGUGUCGUCCGUGGCGUCGUACGUCGACUCGCGGGUCGAAUCUUAGAACGCGAGGAAGAAGCUGGUGCUCUUAACGCUGGCGAAUCUGUUCAUAUCGGCAAGAGCAAGGACAUCAUGAGUUUGCUGCUCAAUGCUCGACGGACGGCAAGGCGAGAGCACUCUUUAACGGACGACCAAAUUUUAGAUAACAUCAGUACCUUCACCAUGGUGGGGCACGAGACCACGGCUGGAUCCCUCAACUUCACACUUCUCGCCCUUGCUAGACACCCCCACAUCCAGACAAGACUACGCGAAGAAAUCCUUGCACAUGGUCGUGAUUCGAGUUACGAUGACUUGCAGAAACUCACAUACUUGGAUGCCGUUGUCAAGGAAGGUCUGCGUCUGUAUCCUGCUUCGCCGCAGACUGAACGUGUCGCCCUCAAAGACGAUGUGAUCCCGCUCACUAAACCAAUUCGAGGCAAGGACGGUAGAAUGAUUCGCGCCCUCAAAGUAUCAAAAGGCCAGGUCUUGCAUAUUCCGUUCACAGUUAUGCAGACCAAUCCACAAGUUUGGGGCCCAGAUGCAGGCAGCUUCAACCCGUCCCGAUGGAUCGAGAAGGACGGGCUACCUGCGCCUAACGAACUUCCUCACGGAUGGAGCGGCUUGGUCACAUUCUGCGACGGACCAAGGAAUUGCAUUGGGUGGAGACUUGCGGUGUUUGAGUUCAAAGUGAUCCUGGCUUCACUGAUUCGCUCCUUUGAGUUCCAUGAUACCUCCGCCGUCAUCCAUCAAAAGAUUGCGCCAACACUCCAGCCAGUUACUGACGGGAAGGGGGGCCUACUUCCCUUGCAUGUUACCCUUGCUUAA